CUUUGGAGACAUUCGACAAUGUGUACGGGACCGAUGUGCGUACGAAUGAACGUACGACCCGAACAGGAUAGAUGUGUGUCCUGGGGUGGCCGGUUUUCCGACUUGUACUUUUGAAAGCACACGCAGGUUGGGGCUGUACGGUACUGGUACGACCGUAGCAUGCAGGUUGUCGCUGUACGGCGUUGGUAUGCCGUAAGAUGGGGAUUGUUGCCGUACGGCUGAGAUAAGGUACGACGAUAAUUAUUUCUGGGCGGGCUGAGUAAAAUCGGGUGGAACACGCUGGAGUGGUAUGUGGAGGUAGGAUGCCGUACGGCCUGGCGCUAAGGCGCCUAUUUGUGUGCGCGUGUGUGUGUGUGUGCUGAGCAGUAGUAGCGGCAGUUGUUUGUUGGAUGUAGCCGGAGCUUUAAUAGUUGCGGCCAAAAAGUUGUGUGUACGACAUGCCUGAUGGGGCAUGCGAGUUGCAUAUGUCCGACAUCCGCGUCGUCAAUAUUCGUACACUCAAGCUUGAGGUGUGGGUUGUGGGUAUGGGUUGCAGAUUAGGGGUUGUGCAGCUGCACAGAAGCCCGUCUCAUCACCCCCCCCGGGUGCCCCUCGCGGGGAGCAAGGGUCCCCCCGCUGAAUCGAUAACUGGAUUGAGCCAACAGACAAGUACCGCUCGCGUCUGUUCGUCGGUUUAUCGAGCGCCGUCCCGUACUUCCUACACUGCCGUACCGUUGGCCCUGCCUCUUCCAACUUCGUCACUGCAGCUCAUGAUUCAAAUCCUAAUCCAUGUCCACAAAAUUCCGAUCCGAAACCUGGAUUCGGAUCCGCAUCCGGAUCUGGAUCCAGAUCUCAAAUAUCGGUUCCAAGCUCGGGUCCAUGUCGCGGUUGACCUUGAGGCCGAUCCGGGGGGGGAGGGAGGAGGGCAGGGACCCGCCGCCGCUGCCACCGGCGCCAUCCACCGCCGCCUGCAUGGGGGGAGCCCCGAGGCCGCUGCCCCCCUUGACGCCCCUCCACCGCCCGUGCCCUUGCUCCGAGCCGCCUUCACACCCCCUCCCCCCCCUCCACCCGCCGGGGGCCCUGCGGAGGCAGAAGGCCCUCCUCCGGCAGCUCCCCCCCUGCCGUACGAUGACGGCGCCGCCUGA